GGGGAUGUUCUUUCCUUGUUAGCUUUGUCGCCGAGACGGCAGUAGGAGCCCGUCUUUGGGAGAACUUAUCGGGUGAAAAUGCCGGGAAAGAUUGUUGAAAGUGAAGACAUCGGGAUGGAAGACGAUCUUGACACCAGUUUGGAGGACUAUAAGCCAUCCAAGAAACAAAAGAAGGGAAAGAAAUCUAAGGAUGAAAAGAAACCCAAGAAAAAAAAGGGAACAGUGGAAGGGCAGCCCGAUGAGACUGACACACCUCCUCCCAAGAAGAAAAAGCGGGCUUCUGUCGAAGAGCCACCAGCCUCUGAAACGACAAGUAACGGAGACGCCGUCAGGGGCAGCUCAGCAAAGAAACACAAGUCCAAAUCCGUCAAUGGAACACCAUUAAUGAAAGAUUUGCCUCAUUCCAGUGAAGAAUCCGGCAGUGAUUCUGGCCAUGAAACAGAGCCUAAGCCGAAGAAGACGGGGAAGGCAGUCGUCAAUGGCGUCUCGACAAAGAAGUUGAAACGGCAAGCCAGCAGCUCCCCGGAGCAGGGAGCCUCGGUGCUCACCCCGUCUCAUUCCAGCGAGGAAUCCAGCAUCGACAGCGAGAAGGAAGCGGAGGAAUUAACUCCAGAACAGAAAGCCGGUGCCUUCUCCAAUUUCCGAAUCUCCAAAGAAACCAUUCAGCUUCUUCAAGCGAGGGGCGUGACGUACUUGUUUGACAUCCAGGUGAAAACCUUCGACUUCGUUUUCGAUGGGAACGAUGUGGUUGGUCAGGCGAGGACUGGCACAGGAAAGACCUUCUCCUUCGCCAUUCCCCUCAUCGAGAAGCUGCAGUCGUCUCCUGAAGAGAGGAAGAGGGGGAGACCCCCCAAGGUGCUUGUUCUUGUUCCUACAAGAGAGCUAGCCCUUCAAGUGUCAAGAGAUUUCAAGGACAUCACAAAGAAGCUAUCAGUGGCUUGUUUCUAUGGUGGAAGUCCCUACAAUCCCCAGUUGGAUAAUAUACGCAAUGGCAUUGAUAUCCUUGUGGGCACCCCGGGGAGAAUUAAAGACCACCUUCAGAAUAACAAGCUGGACUUGUCCAAGCUGGUGCACGUGGUUCUGGAUGAAGUGGACCAGAUGCUGGAUAUGGGCUUUGCAGAACAGGUAGAGGAGAUCCUGUCAGCUGCCUAUCGGAAAGAUUCUGAAAACAACCCUCAGACACUGCUAUUCUCAGCCACAUGUCCCCACUGGGUGUAUGCCGUGGCCAAAAAGUACAUGAGACCCGAAUACAACCAUGUUGAUCUCAUCGGUCAGAAAACCAAGAAGACUGCCACCACAGUGGAACACUUGGCCAUAAUGUGUCACUGGACCAAGCGGGCAUCGGUUAUAGGAGAUGUCAUCCAGGUGUACAGUGGGAGCCACGGACGCACAAUUGUCUUCUGCGAGACCAAGAGAGAAGUCGACGAGCUGACGCACAACGAGUCCAUCAAGCAGGUUGCCCAGCCCUUGCACGGGGAUAUUGCUCAGAAGCAAAGGGAGCUCACGCUGAAGGGCUUCAGGAACGGGUCUUUCGAGGUCUUGGUGGCCACGAACGUAGCAGCUCGGGGGCUGGACAUUCCAGAGGUCGACUUGGUCAUACAGUGUUCCCCGCCAAAGGAUGUGGACUCCUACAUCCAUCGUUCUGGUCGAACUGGCAGGGCUGGCCGUACUGGAGUUUGCAUUUGUUUCUACCAGCACAAGGAAGAGCAAAUGCUCAGAUAUGUGGAGUACAAAGCUGGUAUAACAUUUAAGAGAGUUAGUGUCCCAACUGCACAUGAAAUCAUCCAAGCUUCCAGUAAAGAUGCCUUAAGGUUUCUGGAUUCAGUGCCCCCAGCUGCUAUCGAGUAUUUCCGCUCGGCAGCAGAGAAGCUGGUGGAAGAGCGAGGGGCAGUAGAAGCCUUGGCUGCCGCCUUGGCACACAUCUCUGGCGCCAAGUCCAUUGAACAGCGCUCUCUGCUGUCCUGUGAUGCUGGCUUUGUGACUAUGGUGUUGACCUGCUCAAUAGAAAUGCACACAAUGAGCUAUGCCUGGAGGGGGCUGAAGGAACAGCUUGGAGAGGACAUAGACAGCAAGAUCACGAGAUUAACCUUCGUAAAAGGGAAGACUGGAGUAUGCUUUGAUGUCCCAGAAGAAAACGUGAAGGAGAUCUUGGAAAAGUGGCAGGACUCCCGCCGCUGGCAGCUAUGUGUGGCAACGGAGCUCCCCGAGCUGGAGGAAGCUCCCAGCAGGGACCACGGCUCCAGGUUCGGAGGCAGAUCUUCCUUUGGCAGAGGCCGAGGGGGCAGGAACGACCGGAGCAGAGGGGGCAGGAACGACCGGAGCAGAGGGGGCAGGAACAACCGGGGCAGAGGAGGGAGGAACGACAGACGGGAGGGUCAGAAAAGAAACUUUGACCAAGCAUUUAAUUACUAACCUGGACUAAUGACGCUUCUGAAACUUUGGAAAUGGCUGUCGGACUGCAGCAGAAUCCAGAAAACUGCGUUGCCGUCUUUCCUCUUUUCCUGCUUUCCUUAAAAACAUGGGACAGUUGCUGCGCAGUUGCAUAUUAUAUGUAAGCCCAUUCACUUGAAUGAGACCAAAUUCAUUAAAAGUGUUCUUAAAAAACAA